GAGAACAGGCAGACGGCGCUCAUGCAGACAGCCAGGGCAUCGGCCUCAUUCGACACUUUCGAACUCACCUGCUUGUUGUGGGGAGGAGAAGACAACGUGCGGCAACGCAGUGCGGCGUUCAAGCGCGUCGAGAAACUCCUCGGUACCCACGACACUACCAAGCUUCCCCGCUGCUAUGCGGACACAGACCGCGAGUCACUGUAUGAGCAGGGUUUGCACAUGGGCAAGGUCAUUCUGGAGGAUAUGAUGAGGUAUAAUCAUGAUGUGUUUGUUUCGAUCACGCCGCGGUACAACCUCAUCAAUGCUAGUCCGUUCGGUCACCAGGGUAUCUUGUUCGAGCCUGCUAUCGAACAUAACGGGACUGAGGAGCAGAAGGCGCAGUGGCUACCGCUUGCGAAGAGUGGGAAGAUACUCGGCACGUAUGCUCAGACGGAGCUUGGGCACGGGUCGUUUGUGCGUGGUGUUGAGACUACAGCGACGUUCGAUGCUGAGAUGGAUGAGUUUGUCAUUCAUUCACCGACCGUCUCUUCUACCAAGUUCUGGCCUGCGGGCCUGGGCUUCUCGACGACCCAUGGAGUCGUUAUGGCGAAGUUGCUGGUUGACGGGAAGGAUCUGGGUCCGCAUCUCUUCGUCAUGCAGCUGAGAUGUGUCGAGGACGGCAGACCAAUGCCUGGGAUCAAGAUGGGCGAUAUUGGGCUGAAGAUGGGAUACAACGAAGCCGACAAUGGCUUCGCAUCGUUCAACUACGUCCGCAUCCCCAGGACACAGAUGCUCAUGGCUCACAGUCAGCUCUCCAGCUCCGGCGUAUAUACAAAGACGCCCCUCCGACAGAAACUGUCCUACUCGGUCAUGCUCUUAGUCCGCAGCAAGAUGGCAGGCGUCUUUACGGCGCAGCUUGCCCAAGCAGUCACUAUUGCAACGCGCUACUCGGUGGUACGGGAACAAGGUCUUGGUCCUCAGGACGCCUUUGCCAAUGAGGCUUCAAUCAUGCGGUACAAGUCGCAGCACUUUAGGCUUCUCUCGUUGAUAGCGAAGAGCUAUGCAAUGCAUUUUGCGUCGUUGGCGUGUGAGGAUGAGUACCAUAUGCUGAGGGAGAUGCAGGCACAUGAUGACCAUGAUGCGCUUCCGCCUGUUCAUGCGCUGACCGCAGGGAUGAAGGCGUAUGUUACAGGCGAGGCUGCUGACGGGGGCGAGGAGGCAAGGAAGCUGUGUGGUGGCCAUGGAUACAUGAACAUCUCUGGUCUCCCCGAUAUCCUGGGCGCACUGGCUGGAGGCGCCACGUUCGAGGGGGAGAACUAUGUGCUCUGGCAACAAGUUGGUCGGUAUCUGCUUAAGCAGGUGGACGCACUCCAGCAAGGCGAAGCAGUCGAUGCGCAGGUUCAAUACCUGACCUCGACGGGCGAUCUAUCGACACCAUGUUUGGCGUCGACAUCGCAGUUUCUGGAUGUCUCGGUGCAGCUAUCCAUCUACCGGCAUCGCGCACAUUGUCUCGUCCUCAAGGCCCACAGAUGCGUCCGUUCGUCCCGCAAGACACCGGCAGAUGCAUGGAACGAGCACAUGAUGACGAUCAUCUCAGCGUCGCGCGCACACAUGGAGUAUCUGGUCUUGGAGUCCUUCGUGGCUGUCCUCGCACGCGACAUGUCCCCAUCGCUCCACGCCGUCCUGACACAUCUGUGCUCCCUCUUCGCGCUCUCGACGAUCAUCAACCCUCGCUCCGUCGACGCGCUUGCGUUUGUUGAGACGACCAAUACGAAGCAAGGCUACCUUAGCACAGGACAGCUCGACGACAUACGCGCCCUUGUCAACGAUCUGCUGGAGCAGCUCCUGCCCGAGGCCGUCGCAUUGACAGAUGCAUGGGGGUUCUCGGACGCCAGUCUGUGCAGUGCCAUUGGCAUGUUCGAUGGGAACGUGUAUGAGAACGUUAUGAAGUGGGUGGAGCAGCUUCCUAUGAACAAGCGAGGUGGUGUGCCUCCAAAGUGGGGGAAGUACGUUGACCCUAUUCUGAAGGGGAAGAAUAUCAGGGCGAAGUUGUAGACUGCAACGUGGGGAUGGAUGUCAAUGUCAAAGUCAUUGUCAAUGCCGCAGUGGUGUAGGUAUGGCAUGAGGUAG